AUGGCAAAUCGAUGGGAGCAACAGGGAACAUGCGAUAUCUCGGCACUCGGGAAACCCUUAGAAUUUCCCUUUUCGAAACGGAUUGCGAAGAAUCGCUUCCUGAAAAGCGCUAUGGCUGAGUCCUUGGCGUCCUGGAGUGCUGAAGAGCCAGAAAAUGUUGGUAUCGCCACUGAACAAUACGUCAAUGUUUACAAACGGUUCGGAGAAGGUGAUUGGGGUGUCAUAGUCACAGGCCAAAUCGAUAUCGAUGCUCGACUGUAUAACCGAGGCAAUAUUGUCAUUAGCAAGGAGCAUCAGCCAAUUCCAGGAGACUUACGCUUCGAACGUCUUAGACAAGUCGCCGCAGCUGCAACUGCUCAUGGCUGUUUGAUCCUUGGACAAAUAGUUCAUGUCGGUAGGCAGAUUGAUGCAAGAGUAUCAGGAGAGACAAUCUCAGCAUCUCCCAUCCAGUUAGAGCCCAGGAUGGGUAUGAGUUUCGCCAAACCUCGCGAGGCUACAAAGGCCGAUCUGUCAGACUUGAUCCAAAGAUUUGCUCAUGCAGCCUGGUACCUUGAACAAGCUGGCUUCUCUGGUAUUCAACUGCACGCAGCUCACGGCUUUUUACUAUCGUCAUUUCUAUCCCCAUCCAUGAACCAUCGCACUGACGAAUACGGAGGCGAUCUAACUAAUCGUUCGCGCUUGAUUUUGGAGGUUACAAGAGCUAUCAAAGCCAAAGUAUCGCCCAACUUCAUCCUAGGAAUCAAGGUCAACAGUGCUGAGUUCCAGGAGAACGGUUUCACUGCAGAUGAUGCACUAAUUCUUUGCAAAGCACUAAGUGAUGAGCAAUUUGACUUGAUCGAAUUGACAGGAGGAACCUUUGAAGUGCUCCACUUCGAGAAGAAAGCUCUAAGCACCACUACUAGGGAGGGCUUCUUUCUUGAAUUCGCAAAGUCAAUUACACCUCUACUCAAGAAGACAAGGUCCUAUACGUCAGGAGGCUUUCGCACCGCCUCUGGCAUGGUGACUGCGAUCGGUACGGUUGACGGAGUAGGCUUGGCACGUGCUGCAGCACAGGAGCCAUCUUUACCAAAAGACAUUCUUUGCGGGGCCAUUACGGGUACUAUUAGACCUAUACCGCCUUUCUUAGAGGUGCACCAUAUGUCGCUUGCCCUAGCGGGUAGUCAGAUUCGUGAAAUUGGCAUGAAACGAGAUCCUCCCGAUAGCAGCGAUAGCGAAAGAAUUCAAGAGGCGCUGAGGCAAUUACAAACUUGGACUCAAACCGACGUUGGGAACAGGCCUGGUAUUGGUUGGCUUAAGCUUGAUUUGUAG